AUGGCACGCAGAGAUUCGAUUCCUUUCCGUGCACAUUGUGGUGGUGUCCUUGGUGCCGCUGGGAGUUUCGCGUUCCCUCGAGCUCUCCCUGAAGUGGUGCAGUUGGUGGCUUGCGGUGGUGCCCAUGGUGGAACGUGGAUCAUUUUGGUGUCUUUUUUAAUUGAUGAGUUUAUUCGUGCUUCUAUGGAUGAGCAUAAAACUUGCUUCAAGAAAACAGUUCAGAAGAGGUUUGGUUUGUCCAAGGCUGUUGCAGAGAGGAACACUAACGUUGCCAAAGAAGUUGAGAGUUCUCUGCCUCUUCAGACAGCUUUGCAAGGAAUGGUUUCUGCAACAUUUUCCUUGGUUAUGAAGAGGAAAGAAACAAAUAAGUUCCUCCGCCUUUUGCAUUGACGGGUAGUGUACAUAAAGGACUUAGGAGUCGAAAUCAUUCUCAGUGUUGAUUGGUAAGCUAGUCUCGAUGUUGUGUAAAGUACAUAUCACAAACCUUCACACACAACAAAUGGCAAUUCACGUUUUUUUAUCAUCUUCA